AUGACCGGCUCGUCACAAUGCAGAUCUGGGAUACCGCUGGGCAAGGGAGUACCAUUCUACCGCGGCGCUGACUGCUGCGUUCUAGUGUUCGACGUGACCGCCCCCAACACCUUCAAGACCCUGGACAGCUGGAGAGACGAGUUCCUGAUCCAGGCCAGCCCGCGCGACCCAGAGAACUUCCCCUUCGUCGUCCUCGGCAACAAGAUUGACCUGGAGAACAGACAGGUGACAACCAAGCGGGCACAGGCAUGGUGCCAGAGCAAGAACAACAUCCCCUACUUUGAGACGAGCGCAAAGGAAGCCAUUAACGUGGAGCAAGCUUUCCAGACCAUAGCACGCAAUGCCCUGAAGCAGGAAACGGAGGUGGAGUUGUACAAUGAGUUCCCUGAGCCAAUCAAACUGGACAGAAUCGACAGGGGAAAUUUGCAAACAGGUAUAACUUACCUCUGA